AGAAAAAAGUACAAGUUUUUGGUACAUGGACUACUUUAUACUCCGCAUCACAGCUAUAAGUAUACCUUUUGAUUCUAUUAGAAAUAUUUAUUGCGUUAAAGGAGAGUGUACCUAAACACCUGAAUUUAUUACAGAAACUAAAACAUUGCAAGAUAGUAAAAAUAUUAAACUAGUUUGACUCAUAUUAUAUACUGUGGAUAAUGUAUCAUCUAUUUAUAAUUAUAUUAAUAUAAGAAAAAUGUUAUAAUCUGGAAGGCCGUCAUUAUUCUAGGUAAUAUGGAUGUAAACUAUAGUUUAAUUUCUGCGGUUCGUGAAGGAAGACUAGAAAGAGUAAGGGAGUUAAUCGAUUCUUUUGGGCUAUCUUACUCACAAGCAUGGUCAGAAGGAUAUGUUUUACUUCGUGAUGCUGUUGAGAAUAAACAUACAGCAGUUGCUAAGCUACUUUUGACAAGCGGCUCUAGAGUUGACAGCAAAAAUAACAACCCUUCUAAUACUCCUCUUCAUAUUGCUGUUACAAAUGGUGACAUAGAAAUUGUUAAGAUGAUUCUAAACAAAGGUGCUAAUAUUCAUGCUAAAGAUCAAUAUGGUAGAACUCCACUUCACAAUGCAAUUCAAUAUGAGAAAAUGGAAAUUACUGAAUUACUUUUAAAGCAUGGAGCUGAUGUUAAUGCCAGAGACAAAAAUUGUCCAAGUCCACUUCAUGUUGCAAGUGAGAUAAGAUGUUUACAAAUUGUUGAGCAUCUUUUAAAAUAUGGAGCUUGUGUUAAUUAUGUGUGUACUUCAAGAUGGAAAGAUGGUUAUGCACCACUGCACGUUGCUGUUGAAAGAAGUAAUAAAGAAGUUAUCACGUUGCUUUUAAGUAGAGGUGCUGAUGUUGAUAUUAAAGGGGAGGAUGGUAUAACCCCUCUUCAUAUUGCUGCUAAGAAAGGAUAUAUACAUAUUGCCCAAGAUCUUUUAAACCAUGGUGCAUGUACUCAUUCUUUCACAUUGAAGGAAAAAUAUAGGCCACUACAUUUUGCUUCUGAACUAGGUGAUGAAGAAACUGUAAAAUUAUUCUUGAAUAAAGGUGCUGAUAUCAAUGCUAGCAUAAAUGGUAGUUCAACGCCACUUCAUAUUGCUACCAAAAGAGGACAUAAAAGAGUUGUAAAAUUGCUCUUACAACAUGGAGCUAAAGUUGAUAAUCAGGAUAAAGAUGGCAAAACCACACUACAGCUUGCUGUUGAAAAAGGAUAUUCAACAAUUGUUGAGGUUGUUUUAAAGUACUGUCCUGAUAUUAAUGAUCCAAGUAACAGAAGCUCUCUUAAAAUCGCAGUGUACGGCUAUGGAGAAGAGUAUAAAAAGAUUGUUGAGGCUCUUCUAGAAUAUGACCCAGAAUAUGUUAACCCAGAAGAUGCAAAUAAUCCCAAGUUAUUACAUACUGCUGUUGAAAAAGGAUAUUUGAAAAUUAUUGAAGACCUUUUAAAGUAUGGUGCGAAUGUUAAUACGUUAUACGAUUCAACAUUUAAAGGUUUUACACCUUUACAUAGUGCAGCAAAAAGCAAACAGGAAGAAGUAGCUAAAUUGUUGAUAAAAUAUGAAGCUGAUAUAAAUGCUCAAGAUAAAACCGGAAAAACUCCAAUAUUUUAUGCUAUUGAGAAUGCCAAUUUAAAAAUCACCAAGCUACUUUUAACUAAUGGAGCUAAUAUAAAAGAUAGUCCUGAUCUAUUGAAUAUUGCUGUUAAGAAGGAAUACAUAGAAAUCGUUGAAGCUCUUUUGCAACACGGUGCUGAUAUUAACGCUAGUGACAGAUGUGGGAGAACAGCAUUGCAUUUUACUACUUUAAGUGAAAAUGAAUGUUUUUAUGAAUUUCUCAAUAAUAAUGAUCCUGAUAUUAAUAUUAGGGGAGAAAUUGCUAAACUGCUUCUAAGUAAAGGUGCUAAUGUAGACGCUCAAGAUAUAAAUGGUGCAACAACACUUCAUACUGCUAUUCAAAAAGGAUAUACCAAAGUUGUUGAAGCUCUUUUGAAAUAUAAUGCAAAUGUUAAUCCUGGAGUAAAAAGUGACAAUACACCGCUCCAUCUUUCUGCUCAAAGAGGAAAUGAAGAAAUAAGCACGAUGCUUUUGAAUAAAGGAGCUAAUGUAAAUGCUAAGCAAAACAAUGGAAUCACUGCACUACACAUUGCAACUCAAAAGGGUCAUAAAGAGGUUGUAAAAGUAUUGCUAGAGUACGGUGCCCAUGUUGAUUCUAAAAUUGAAGGUGACAUUACACCAUUGCACUUGGCUGCUCAAAAAGGUUAUCUUGAAAUUAUUGAGACUAUCUUGAAAUUUGGUGCUAAUAUUGACUCCAAAGAUGGGUAUGGCAGAACAGCACUUCACAUUGCUUCUCAAGAAGGACACGUAAAAGUUAUUGUCACUCUUCUGGAGUACGGCUCUGAUAUUAAUAUUACAAGUAGAAAUAAUCUUACACUUCUUAAUCAUACUAUGGCCGAAAUGGGGUCCUUUUUGUUCUUUAAUCGACUCUAUAGCUUUAACGGUGGUUACUAUGAUCCUAGACGUGGUGUUUGUUUGAGUGGUGCAACUGUUGCAGCUCUUAAACGCCACAUAGUUAAAAUGAAAACCGCAAAUUUAUAUGUAAGUGAACAAAAUUUACUAUCAGUGGGUAGCAGUGCUGAAAUAAGUAGUUUUCAGGAUGAAUGUGAGGAAGAAAUAGCAAGGAUGAAAAGUGAGAAAAUUAAUAAUCCUAGCAUUUCAUUUUAUGAUAUCUUGACAAAAGGUACAAGCUCGUUAGUAAUAUAUAUGAAGAAUGAAAAUAUAGUACAGGUUUUAAAAUCAGACGACUAUAAAACAAAAUUUCCAAUAUAUGCUAGUAUGAUAAAAAGAAAUUUCAGAAAGGGUAUGGAAAGAAAAGAGUUACUUGAACAAGGCAAUAAAAUUUUCCAUUUUCUCUUUAACAAUUUUCUUAAGUUACAUGACUGUACUGAAAAAAUAUUGAGUUACCUGAGUGACCAAGACUUAAGAAUUUUGAUGGAUGCUUGUAAACCUCUUAGCAUCAGUAAUCCCAAUACUGAUUAACGAUGUAGUGAUUACCUCAAGUAUAUCUCAAAUACAGUAUGUUUAAGUUAAGGAAAAAUAGCAGAACGAGCUGCUUUCAACAUUAAGUAAUGACUUUAGUUACUUAAAGAUUAUUUUAAAGGUUUUAUGGGAACAUUCAAAAAAGUAUACGUAUCAAGUUAAGGAGAAAUGAUCAAAUUUAGUGCACUAAACGCUAAACAGCAAAGAAAGCAUAGACAUUAGUACAUAUAUCGAAGUUGAUAACCCAGGAGAAAAAAUAUGCGAUCUAUCGACUUUACGUGAAUUUGUACUUGAGUCUCAAGAUGGUAAAGAUGGCAAAUUAUUACUUACUAUUCCUAAAGAACUAAAAAAGUAGAAAUUUGUUUGAUAUUAUUAAAGUAUAUUUUCAUAAAUUCUGCGAAAAAUUAGGACUUAAAUUCGAGAUAAACACAAAAAAUAGAGCAUGAUUUGGACGAUUCGCUGAAAGUAAACAGUCAUCUUGAAAGUCCAAGACCACCUAUUUGUAGUAAUAAUCAUGCUCUUAGUCAUUAAGUACUUUAAACCAUAAGCUCAAGUUAGAGAAAAUGACAUAAAUGUUAUUAAACAUUAAAAGUUGUAGUUGUAUCUGGUUACUUAUAAGUUAGCUAUAGAAUGCCUUCUGUGUAUAUUAAAGGGCAUUUAUUUUGUUAUUUAAGGUAAUUUUAUCGCCAGGCUUAGUUCAUAAGAUUUUUUAAAAAAUUUUGUAUACUGUACUCAAACCUUCAAUAAAGAGCUGUGUAAAAUUUCA